AUGUUCUCCAAAUACGGCGAUCAAUUGGCAAAGAAGUUCAGCCAUGCGACCUGUGAGUUUAUAUUUCCCAUUAUAUAUUGUAUAGUACUACUGCAAUACAAAUGUGUUUUUUGAUUUAGUAGAACAAUACAGUCCGAUAAUGGACCCAAAUCGAAAGAAAUCUUUGGCCCAACUGGUCGAUAUGACUCAAAUCAGUCUAAGCAACGCUUUCGAAUGCAAUGAACAAAGCCCAGAAGAUCUGAUCUACAAUAUGUUCAAGAUCCCCAACAAAAAUGAGGCUUCCAUUGGCAAACUGUUAAUGGUAAAAGACACUGGAGAUACAAAGUAGUCGGUUUUAGGUUCUGAAAAAUUAUGGUUUAUGGGAGACAGACCCUCAGUUAAGACCCAUGAUGACGAAGAUCUGGAAGAUCGAGAAGGAAAAGGAGGAGAGAACUUGCGAAGCCCGGGAUCCGAAGCACUGGAAACUCUCCAAAGAAGAAUUCAUCUCUUGUAUCUCCGAAAGUAUCUCCCUAAUCUCCAAAACAUUGCAAAACGAUCUUGUUGUGCCCAGCUGGAAUUCUUUUACUCGAAUUGUCGCCGAUAUAUUUGAAACGGUACAUUUUUUGUGUGCCGGACUGAACCCGCAAACGACUAAACCAUCAACAAGCCUAAGCCUUAGAUAAGCCUAAGCCUUGUUGUGUUUGUUAUACGGCGUCCAAUUGUUUGGUGUUUUAGUCAUUUGGGGGUUUAGUUUCCUUACCCCUUUUACACUUACAUUACGUAACCAUUGCAAUUUUUUCGAUCAAAUUUUUAAACUUUAAAUUUUAGUGCAAAGCCGUGACGGAUGGUAAAGUGGCGGAUUACAUUCCUCAGCUGAGCCGGGUUGAUCCCAAUUUGUUCGGACUCUCCAUCUGCACCAUUGAUGGGCAGCGAGUCUCUUACGGUGAUUCCAAACACGCCUUCUGUAUUCAGAGUGUCUCCAAAGCUUUUAAUUACGCGAUUGCGGCAUCCGAAUUGGGAGCUGAUUAUGUUCACAAAUUUGUGGGACAAGAGCCCUCAGGGCGUUUGUUCAAUGAGAUUUGUUUGGACCCUCAGAACAAACCGCACAAUCCGUUGAUUAACAACGGAGCCAUCAUCGUCACAUCGUUGAUCCAGAACAAAUUGAAUAUCUCAGAUCGGUUUGACCAUGUAGGUAUUAUGAACGAGUUGUACGCAGCAAACAGCAAAGUUUCUUGACCAAUUAUCAUCUUAUGGUUUGCAGAUGAUGAAACAAUACCGCAAACUUGCCGGUGGGGAAUACAUCGGCUUCAACAACGCAGUGUUCUUGUCCGAGCGGAGCACUGGCAGUAGGAAUAUGGCCUUGGCCUACUUUAUGGAGGAAAACAAAUGUUUCCCUCCAGAGACGACCAAUGUGAUGGAGGCCCUCGACUUUUACUUUUAUCUCUGUUCCGUUGAGGUCACCUGUGAAAGCGCGGCCGUCAUGGCUGCUACCUUGGCUAAUGGUGGAGUCUGUCCAACGACCGGGGAGAGAUGCAUUGGCAGUAGACCGAUACGGUAUGACACUUUCUUCUUACUACGUGGAGAUACGUUGACUAUGUUUUAAACGAGGUCUUACUGUACUUUCGGUAAUUUAACGACUUGUUUAUCUUUAGUGAUCUUUUGUCGCUGAUGAGCUCGUGUGGGAUGUACGAUGGCUCGGGGCAGUUCGCCUUCCACGUGGGGUUGCCCGCCAAGUCAGGAGUGUCGGGUGUUCUGUUAGUGGUCGUCCCCAAUGUAAUGGGAAUCGCGGUCUGGUCGCCUCCUCUAAACAAGCAAGGAAACAGUGUGAGAGGACUCGCGUUUUGUCAUGUAAGUAUUCAUCAUUUCAUAUUAAAUGAGAAUAGUGUAAACUGACUGAACUAAUCGUUUUAGGAGUUGAUCCAACGGUUCAACUUUCACACGUACGACAGUUUGGUGAACAACGAGUCGUGCAAAUAUGAUCCGCGUCAUAGAGGCAGCGAUUUAGAGAAGAAUCAAGUGGUUUCUCUCCUUUUUGCAGCGAAAGCCGGCGAUCUCAACAAAAUCCGAAGGUAAUUCGAGUGAUGGAACAAGGUUAAUAUCCCCAAACACUUUCAGAAUGUAUAUGCAAGGGUGUGAUCUGGAGAUGAAAGACUACGAUAAGAGAACGGCCCUUCAUUUGGCUGCUUCCGAAGGCCAUCCUGACAUCAUUUUAUUCCUUCUAAACAUCGCCAAGGUGAAGGUAGACCCCAGAGAUCGGUAAGAGAAUCGAAUAAGGAAGUGUAACAACCAAAAGGGAGUCUUGAUUUAUGACUACUUUUUUUAUGAGGUCUGAUCACGCUGAUGUAAAUCAUUGAAAAAAAGCGAAUUUAAAACGAACAGACUACUAAAAGACAUGAUGGUUUGAUCUUGGACACAACCCAAGAAGCGAUAAAAAUAUCAAAUAUGCGAUUUCAGAUGGAAUCGAACGCCUUUGGAGGACGCCCAGGCCGGCAACCAUCUGGCUUGUAUAAAGUUAUUGGAGAAAGCGAUGAGAUUAAAGGAAUCCAAGGCCCUCGAGCGAUCCCUUUUCAGCCAGCCGGAGGAGUCAAUGGAUAAGAUCGAAUCGUCGGGGUCCUCGAUUCCGUCUUCUGAUGCCUCUGAAGCCGGCGACGAAGAGGAUGAAGAAGGAUCCUCCUCUUCAGACAGUGCGUACAUGUCGAAGGACCGAGUGACGCAAUAA